AUGUGUAAAAUCUUAGAAAAGAUCAUUAAUAAAAGAUUGAGGUGGCUCAUUGAAACGAAAAAAACAUUAAAUCCUCACCAAAGUCUCAGAAAUUUCCGUUCCACCCUAGACCACCGUAGUAAUCUAGAGACAAAUGUCUGUGACGCAUUAAUCAACAAAGAACAUGUUAUUAUGAUUAGUAUAGAUAUUGAAAAAGCGUAUGAUAUGGUAUGGAGAGACAAAGUUAUGGAAAUUGUAGGUGAAUUUAUUGGAGGUAACAUGCUACAAUUUAUCAAAAACUUUUUUAAAGACCGUUACAUUCAAGUAAAAAUAAAUGGUCACCUUUUAAAAAAAGUUAAAACUGAAAACGGUAUCCCACAAGAUUCGAUUAUAAGCGUUACACUCUUCCUCCUAGAAAUUAAUUAUAUUACUAAACAAAUAAAUCCUCCUAUCAAAAGCUUUCUAUUUGUUGAUGACCUCACUAUUUGCUGCAAGGGCAAAAAUAUAAAAACUACAGCUGAACUCCUGCAAAGUGUCUUAAAUAGCUUACAAGAAUGGUCUAAUGGUAACGGACUCAAAUGCUUAAAACUCAAUGCAUCCUUUUUAGUAAAAGAAAUAACAUCAGAACACCAAAAAUCACCCGAAAUGACCUUAGAAUACAGAGCCAAAUUCCACGAAUUACUAGAAGAAAUUAAUGAUUAUAUCCAUAUCUACACCGAUGCAUCCAAAACUGAAGGUAAAUCUGGAAUUGCCGUUAUUUUACCAGAAAAACAAAGCAAAUAUAGUAUAUACAAUUAUACUAGUAUUUUUACCGGAGAAGCCUACGCCAUCUACUCUGCACUAGAACACAUUGAAGAGUCGAACAACACAAAAUUUGCCAUUUUUAGUGAUUCAAUGAGUGUACUAUCAGCCAUUGGAAACAAAAAGCUAGAAAAUGAUAUCAUUAAAAAUAUAAUAGAUAAAUUCACUAUAAUCAAUUCAAAGCUUAACAAAGAAAUAUUAAUGAUCUGGCUACCAGCAUAUCAAGGUAUUCCUGGAAACGAAAAGGCAGAUAAGGCGGCCAAGGAAGCUACUAACUUACAAGGAAUCGAAAACUCAUUACCUCCCACACAUACUGACUUAAAGAAAUCUUAUUUUCGAAUAAUCAAAACUUAUUGGGAAGAACUGUGGUCCAAUUCAGUUCCUGAAAAACUUCGUCCAAUUGUGGACACAUUCUAUGAAAAGGAAAAUAAACCGCCUAACUUGUGCAGGAAAGAUUGUACUGUUAUAAACAGACUAAAAAUAGGACACACUAUAUACACCCAUAGCUACUUAUUUGAUGGAAUGCCUAAACCAAAAUGUGAAACAUGUAACGAAACCAUAAGCGUUAAACACCUUUUAGUAGACUGCCCCAAUUACAUAAACACACGAAUAAAAUAUCGAAUUCCUUGCGAUUUAAAGACGGCCCUCACCCUCACCGAACACCACAAAAAUGUUAUUAAUUUCCUUAAAACAAUCAAGAUGUAUGAACACAUAUAA